AUGGCCGGCUCGGGCCUGGUGCGGGGUGCGGGCGCGGCGGUGCUGAAUCGCCUGCGGGGCGCGGCGGUGGUGCGGCCCGGCUUCCUAAGUGCGGCGGAGCAGGCUGUGCUGAGCGCGGAGCUGGAGCCCGAGCUGCGCCGCAGGCGCUAUCAGUACGACCACUGGGACGCGGCUAUUCAUGGCUUCCGGGAGACAGAGAAGUCCCGCUGGUCUGAGGCCAGCCGGGCCAUCCUGCAGCGAGUACAGGCUGCUGCCUUUGGCCCUGAGCAGACCCUGCUGUCCGCAGUCCACGUGCUAGACUUGGAGCCGCAGGGCUACAUCAAGCCCCACGUAGACAGUGUUAAGUUUUGUGGAGACACCAUUGCUGGCCUGUCCCUCCUGUCCCCCAGCGUCAUGAGGCUAGUGCACACCCAGGAACCGGGUCAGUGGCUGGAACUGCUCCUGGAGCCAGGCUCCCUGUAUAUCCUAAGGGGUUCAGCCCGGUAUGACUUCUCUCAUGAAAUCCUUCGGGAUGAAGAGUCCUUUUUUGGGGAGCAGAGGGUCCCCCGGGGCCGACGCAUCUCUGUGAUCUGCCGUUCCCUCCCUGAGGGCACAGGGCCAGGGAGGCCAGAACAACCACCCCCAGCUUGCUGACCCCUGGACUUGUGCCCUGGACUUUGGGUUUGCUUGUAAAUAAAGUUGGAGGAGGAACACCACCACAUCAA